AUGUCCUACACCUAUCUUCCCUCGACACCCUACGACCCGCACCCCACCAUCAUCAUGACCACGAACCCCGCAUCGCGCAAAACAAACCACCUGCUGUCCAACCCGCGAGUCUCCCUGCUGGUCCACGACUGGGUGUCACAUCGGCCCCCGACCCGCGCUACGACCGGUGACCGCGAGGGAUCGCCUCCUCCCGCCGCGACCCGGUCGUCUCUGGCCAGCCUGCUGCUCAACUUGAACACGAGUGCACUGUCGAGUAUCUCCACUACUAUCUGUGGUGAGGCGCGGUUCCUUGAGGCUGGGUCUGAUGAGGAGUCUUGGUGUAAGAAUCGUCACUUGGAGAAUAAUACUUUUGAGGAGGAGGAGAUCAAUCUUUUGGUCAGCAGCAGCGAGAUCCUAAUGCUAGACGGCCUAGUGUCUCUAUUGAUACUGAUGUGCGGGUUGUUACGGUUCGUGUGA